AUGAAUAAUUUACAAUUAAAAUAAUUAGAAGUAUAAAAAAGUCAUUUAAGUACACCUUAAAAAUUAUAAAAUUAAGAAAUACUUAAUGAUAGAUUGAUUAUUUAGGGAAAUAAAACUAUAAAUCAACCAUAGGAACAAGUUAUUAAUUAGUAAAAUUAUAUUAGAAGUAGAAUUCUCUCAGUUAGUAAUGAGGUUUAGGAUGCAAAAAAUAUAAUGUAAAAUGCAUAAAUAAGAAUGCUAAUGCAAGAGUAUGAUAUGAAAUUCAAUCCUAAAAAUAAAAGAAUAAGACCUACUAUUCGUGAUCCCUAUCUUUCUAAAUCAUAGUCAUCAUUAAUAUCUUCAAUAGGAGCUACUUUAAAUUCAUAAUCUUAAUAAAUGGUAAUAGAAUAAAAGGGAGGAGACUUAAAAAAUGAUUAAGAUAUUUUUAUAGAUAGGCUUUAAGAAUUAGUUACAGAUUAUCAAUAAAGCUCAGAAGAAAAUAAGGAUAAAUAAUUGAAUUUACCAACAAUUUCUUCAAAAAUUGUUCACAAAAUCAGUAAUCAAAUCAAUAAAAUAAACCAAAACAUGCAAUAUUAAUCUAAAGAAUCUCUUUAUACAGCACAAAAGGCAUUCACUCAAUCAACUAUGAAUACUGAUUAGAGUUAUCAAAAAUAGAAAAGUAUAUUUUAAACUGAACUUAAGUAAACAAAAUAAAGGAGAUAAUCUCUUAAGACAAGAAGCUUUUCUGAGAAGAAAUUAAGAAGAGGUGAUAGCUCUGAUAUAUAUGAAAACGAUAAACAGAUUUUAGAAAAGGAGACAAAUAUUUCAAUUAAUUUUACUUAGCUAAAUGAUACAACUGCUGCUCAUAUUUUAACUUCUCCAUCCGAAAAAAAGCUGACAAGCCCAAAAAAAAUAGCCUAAAAACCUAAAAAUCUGGAUUUUAUAUAAAGUCUAAGCAACUAUUCUUAGUAAAAUUGGACAGAGCUUCUUCAUCAAAGAAUAAAUAAUUUAGAUUAUUAGAACGCUAGUAAGGAUACUACUGCAAGAGGAAGAUAGCUUAUUUAGUUAUUUGAAAGUUUUAUCAUAAAUGAAAUAAAUUAAUGCUCUUAAGAGGAAAUAGCUAUGUCAAACAGCCUCAUUUUAAAUGAAGUCUGCAAGCAUUUAGAAGAUAUGCAAUUCUACAAUGACACUCUACUUAAAAAGGUUAAAGAUAAUAGAAAAGAGAAAGAAGAACUUGAAGUUAUAGAGUUGUUUGGAUUUUGUAUGAAAUUUAAUAACCCAGAACAUUCUGAUGAAUUUAUUUAAGAGCUCAAGUCAUUUUUUGAAAGAAAAUAUUUAAAUUUAAUAAAAAAGCUUCGUAUGAAUGGUAAUACUUCUACAUAGCUAUUUAUUGAUACUUUACAAAACUUUGAAGUAUUUUUCAAGCUUUAUAAAGAUAAGUUGAGUCUCACUAGAUAAAAAGUAGAUUCUCUGUCUUAAGAAUUAGAAGAAUCUCAUAAACUAAUAAAAGCCUUAGAAGAAAGAGCAUAAACUCAACACUUAGCUAGAGAUAGAAUAGAAAUAGAAUACAGAGUAAAAAGCAGAGAAGAUUUAGCAGAAAUCUAAAAUCGUUAUGAAUUAUUGUACAACCAAAGAGUUGAAGAAAGUAAAAAUUAAAUAAAAAAGUUAGAGUAAAAUAUUGAAAGUUUGAAAGAUCAAAUCAAACAAAAAGAUGCCGAGUUAGAUAAAAAAUAAACUGAAAUAGAAAAUUAUGAGAAACGUUUAAAUAAAAAAAAAGUAGAUGCAUCAACUCAAAUACAGUUGCAUAUAAUGCCUUAUGUUUAAAAUUAGUAGCCAAAAGUAACUCCUUAAUAAGAUAUUCUUCCAUAAAAUGUUUCUCAGUAACAAAGCAGCAAUCCUUUUUCUUCUUUUGGCAAUGAAUUUAUGUCUCCGUUUACAUUUAGUAAAAGUUGCAGUGGAGCUUUUAUCAGUUAGAUUCUUACAGAAUGCGUUUUUCAUGAUUUUUCUCUUUUUUAUAGGCAUAAGUUUUGCUCUUUUUAUGCUAAUCAAAAUUAUAAUCAUUUAGUAAAUUUUUCCCAUCAUUUCUUUAUCACAAAAUUUGGGAAUAAAGUUAUUGGUGAAAUAUUUUUAAAAAAUUUUGUUUUAUCAUUACAAGAGUAUUCUUAAGAAGGUAUUCUUAGGUUUAUUAUUUUUUCUCAGCUUACAGGUUUAGAUAUUUAACAAUAACCUCAAACUACAUAAAAUCAGUUGACUAAAAACAAUCUUAAUCGAUCUACUAUGUCUUCUAUUUCUAUGUCUUCCUAGCAGAAUGCUUAAUAAUCAUUUUCCUAGUUUGUAAAAAAAAUAUUUUGGGAGAGUAAACAGAGUUAUAUUAUAUAUAUUAAGGUAGCUAUCCUUUUUAGGAAAAGUUUGCUCAAAAAUACAAAUAGUCAGUAGCAUAUUAUGUCAGGAAUAUAUAGUCUAUUCGAUAAUACAGAAUUGCUUAACAAAGCUGGAUAAACAGAGGGUUAUGAAAAUGCAACUAUUCUUAUUACUAGGGCUCAGCCAAUCAUAUAAGAAAUAGUUUCAGAUCAUUUAUCUAAAUCUGAAAGCAUUUUAGAAGUUUUUAAAGUAUUUUAGACUUAUAUAAAGCAACAAGUAAAUAAAUAAAAAUAAAAAUCUCCUUACAAAUAAGUUCAAGAAGAAGAUGGUGAAGUUGAUGAAAAAUUUGAACAGAACUCAUCUUCAACAAUCAAAAUUAUUAAAAAUAGUAAUAAAAAUUUAAAUUAAAACAAAUAAAGCACUUCUGGUUUAAGAGUAAAUAUGGACCAAAUAGCCUUUUUUAUCAUAGAUUAUUUAGCAGAUUUAAAAAAUAAACAACUAGAUCACUUUAUGGCAAGUAUUAAGAGUAUUCAAAACCAAAAAAGGACUUAAAAUAUAUCAAUUAAAGAUUUCACUAAUUCAUUUAAUUAAUAUUUUGCAUAUGCUCCAUUUAUUUCAGAUUCGCAAUCAUACACUGAUGAUUUAUUUACUAAGUUUACUGUGAACUCAACAACAGCUCUAAGUGGUGGAGAAGAUCAAAGAAAAUUAGCUUUAAAACCAUUUUUGAUGGCUUUAUUUGAUGAAUAUAAUGAGUAUGAUAGCUCAAAUUUGAGUUUUUAUCUAUCAACAGAGUAUUUAAGUCAAUAAGCUUAGUAAAAUUUUGAAAAAGUGCAAUCGUCUAAUAAAUCAUAAUAAUCACUUGUAGCACCUAAAGUUCAUACAUCUUAAUCGAAUAGACUCAAUAAAACAUAAGAUGGUAAAAGAUCAAACUCAAAUAAUAACAAAAAAUAAACAGAUGGAAUUUCAGCUAGUCAAAAAAAUUUGUUAAAUGAGAUUGUUAUUUAAUAAACAGUUGAACAAUAAGUGAUAUAAAUAUUGCAAGAAGAUAUCUUUGAUGUUCCUAAUAAUAUAAUUACUAUAUUUGAGAGCUAUGAAUAAAUAAGGCCUUUAAUUAAAAGCGAAGAAACUCUAGACGAAAGAAUAAAAUUGGAAAAUGAAAAAUUCAAAUCUCUUUUACAAUAAUUAAAUAAAAUAAAAUACGAAUUAAAAUAAUCAUCUGAAAAUAAUCCGACAAUAUCUUACUAACCAAGAAAAUCCUAUAUAGAUACAAUUAAAUCUGUUUAGCAAAACCUCAACAAUCUGAUGCUUUUAGCAACUUCAAAGCUUAAAUUAAGUGUAAAUUUUUGA